AUGUCCGAUAUUUUCACGUUAUACUGUUGGAUACAAGGUACCGAAAUCAACCAACCUGUCAGCUUAAAACUUUCACACUUUGACACUGUCGAUGCCCUCAAAAUAAUGUUGAGGGAUAAUCGAGCUCUCGAUGUGCCAGCUUCAACUCUCCAAUUGUACAAACACACAAACUCUGUCCCUGAGCGACAUGAUGAGAACAUUCAUGGUCUUGUCUUAUCGGAGCUUGGAAAACCAUUACUAGCAAUGUGA